AUGGCAAAGCAUUUCCUAAAGUUUGCAAGUUGGAAUAUUGAAGGUUUAUUAAGUAAAAUCGAUGACUCAGAAUUUAUUUCAAAGCUACAUAAAUUUGAUUUAGUCUCUUUAGUUGAAACGUGGUUGCCCCAUGAAAAAUGCAAUAUUAAUAUCGAUGGUUUUCAUUCAUUUUCAAAAUGUAGAAAAACGGUUUCUCAAAAUUCGCGUAGAAGUUCUGGUGGUAUAACUAUUCUUGUUAAGUCAACUCUUAAAAAAGGGAUAAAGUUUUUAGACAAGGAAAGUAGUGAAGAGUUUGUUUGGUAUAAAUUGGACAAAACGUUCUUUAAUCUCAAACAUGAUAUUUUCAUUUGCACUGUAUACAUUCCACCACAGAAUUCAUCACGUGAAUCACGAUUAAAUACUGAUCAUUUCGAAAACCUCCAAAAUAAUAUUUAUAAGUUUGCAAGCAAGGGCAAUAUCAUUUUGUGUGGAGAUUUUAAUGCUAGAAUAGGUGUUGUAGAAGAUUUUGUUGACAAUAAGUUCUUGGAAGAUGAUAAAUAUAUCACUCCAUCAUUAGACCAGCGAUAUUCAAAAGAUCACCAUGUUAAUGCUUAUGGGAAAUCCCUUAUUGAUCUAUGUAUUGGCAAUGGUAUGGCUGUUUUAAAUGGAAGAACAAACGGUGAUCUCCUUGGGCAAUUUACCUGUCAGACCUACAACGGGGCAAGUGUGGUUGACUAUGUUGUUAUCUCGCACAGCUUGCUCUCAUUUGUUGUAGGCUUUAAUGUUGAAGAUAUCACUGAAUUUUCUCAUCAUUCAUGUCUGUCUUUUAUACUACAGAUUAAAUAUCCACAAAACUCAGGUGAUACUUUCAAAUUAACCCCUCAUAUUAAAUCUUUUAUUUGGAAUGAAAGUCAAAAGGAUGCUCUAAGAGAAUGCAUGAGUUCGAACGAAGUAGAAAAUAAAUUAGAAUCGCUAUUUUUCCAACAUAAAGGUGUAUCUAGUGAUGAAGCAACCUACACAGAUAUACUUGUAGCUAAUUUCUCAGAAAUUUUGUCCGAUACCUCACAAAAAGUUCUAAACAUUAAGAGGCAAAAGAAAAAGAUCAAAAAAGGUAAUACCAAAAUGAGACAGGAAUGGUAUGACGGAAAUUGUCACAAUCUGAAAAAGAACUUGAGAAAUUUAGGUAGUCUACUCUCGAAAUUUCCCAACGACAUUUACUUACGUCAUCUCUUUUUUGCAAAAAAGAAGGAAUAUAAACGUACAGUUAAAAAACAAAAAAGACAAUUUCAUAAUUCUAUACUAAAUAAAAUUGAAUUAUUAUCAGAAAACAAUCCUAAAGAUUUCUGGAAACUCGUUAACUCCAUAAAAGCUCAAAAACCUAGAACUUCACACGAAAUUCUACCAUCUGAAUGGUUUGAUUAUUUCAAAAACUUGAACAAAAUAAAUAUCAAUACUGAAGUAGCAAGCAGUGAAGCACAAAUCAUAAAAGAUUUUAAUAUCUGGGCAUUAGGUACAAAUGAUACUCUUGACAGACCAGUAUCACUGGAAGAAGUGUACAAAUUAUCAAAAAGAUUAAAGAACAAGAAAGCCAGUGCCAAUGACUCGUUGUCCAAUGAGAUCAUUAAACUAGCAGUUGAGGUUAUGCCAUCCUACUUUGAAAAACUGUUUAAUAAAAUCUUGUCCAAUGGACACUUCCCAUCACUUUGGUCUAAAGGUUUUAUAGUCCCCAUUUAUAAAUCAGGAAGUAAUAUCGACCCGAAUAAUUAUAGAGGAAUAUGCAUAAGCAGUUGUUUGGGAAAAUUUUUCACAUUAAUCAUGAAUGAACGACUAAAUAAAUAUCUAGACGAAAACAACAUUAUGAGUAAUUGCCAAAUCGGAUUUAGAAAAAAUUAUAGGACAGCCGACCAUCUAUUAGUUUUGAAAACUCUAAUAGAUUAUUACAAAUCAAAACGUAAACCAAUCUUUGCUUGUUUUAUUGACUUCAAAAAAGCUUACGAUAGUGUAUGGAGGGAAAGUCUUUUCUUCAAAUUGAUCUUGAAUGGUUGCAGCAAAAGAUUCAUACGUUUAAUGUUAAGCAUGUAUUCCUCCUAUGACUGUUCGGUAAAAUUGGAAGAGGGGUAUACAACUUUCUUUAGGUCACAUGUAGGGGUCAAACAGGGUUGUAACUUAAGUCCUACUUUAUUCAACCUAUUCAUUAAUGAUCUACCUGAUAUAUUUGACAGGUCAUGCACUCCAGUAAAAUUAAAUGAUACAAAUCUAAGCUGUUUGCUUUACGCAGACGACCUAGUCUUAUUAUCCGAAUCCAGGGCAGGGUUACAAAAUUGCCUCACAAAACUUGUUUACUAUACCAAAAAGUGGAAGUUAAACAUUAAUCUUAAAAAAUCCAAAGUUCUAGUAUUUGGAACACCAACCCAAAAACGUAGGCAUUCUACAUCAAUCUGGACAUUCGGCAAAAAUAUUUUGGAACAAGUUGAUGAAUAUUGUUAUCUGGGUAUUACUCUUCACUUUUCUG